AUGGCCGACGCUUUAGUUACUGUUGCUGCCGAGGCGAUCCUGAAAAAGGUAGCAUCCAUAGCUGCCAACGAAAUCGCCCUUGCUUGGGGUUACAAAGAGAAGUUGUACACACUUGAAGGGACCUUGAAAAUGAUUCGUGCCAAGUUACAGGAUGCCGAGAAUCAGAAACGUCAAAAACAUAGUGUGAUGGAGUGGCUGAAACAGCUAAAAGAUGUGGUUGCUGAAGCUGAUGAUGUAGUCGAUGAGGUUCACUACGAAAUGUUGAGGCGUGAGGUAAAGAAGCGAGAUCGGGUGGCAAUAAAGGUACCCUCUCUCCCAAGCUUGAAAAAGCUUUUCUUUCGUAGUGAAAUGGGUCAUAAAAUCAAAAGCAUUAACGAAAAGUUGUCUCAAAUCAAUAAACAAGCAAACGAGUUGGGACUACAAAAUGAACAGCCUGGCCCAGUUGUUGAAUAUCGUCCCUACCCGGAGACAGAUCCAAAUUUAGGCGAAUUCAAAGUUGCUGGGAGGGGGGAUGAUGAAGAACGGAUCAUACACCUAUUAACCGAGUCAAGAAAAGAAGAAAAGCUUACGAUUGUUCCCAUUGUUGGAAUGGGCGGGAUGGGGAAGACCACUCUGGCGAAGUCCGUAUACAAUAAUCAAAAAAUCCAGCAACAUUUUGAUGUGAAAGCUUGGUUGUGUGUGUCUGUUAAGGUUGACAUCAAGACACUUCUGGCAAAGAUCUAUGAAUCUCUUGCACGAGAGAAACCUAAGUCGGAUACUAUGGCCAAUUUAGUUCAAGAUCUUGAAGAGAAGUUGGGAUCAAAAAGAUAUUUUCUAGUCCUGGAUGAUGUUUGGGACGAAGAGAGAUUAUAUUGGGAAGAUUUUAGGAGAGUUAUGAUAAAUGUGAAGUCACAAAUUGGAAGUAGCAUUCUUGUCACUACCAGGAAACUUGACAUCGGAACGAAGGCUAUGUCCAUGGAUUCAUGUUCUUUAAAAGGUCUUUCUGAUGAUGAUUGUUGGAACAUCUUUAAAGAGAGGGCCUUUCUAGUAGGACAAUCACCACAACCUGAAUUGGAGGAGAUAGGGCGUGAUAUUGUCAAAAAGUGUUGUGGUUUGCCUUUGCUAUUAAAUGUUAAACAUCUUGCUUUUUACCAAGAAGAGAACGAGGAUGAUGAAUUGAAAGCCAAGGUUUCUAUGUUCAUCGAAAGGAAUACAAUGGCUAGAACUUUGCAUACAUUCUUCAUCAAAGGUGAAGUUGAGGAGAAGUUUUCAUUUCAACGAUUAAAGUGCAUACGCAUCCUAAAACUCAAUGGAGGUAGUAUUGAAAAGUUAGACGAUUCAAUUGGAGGGUUGGUGCAUCUAAGGUAUCUUGAUUUGUCAUAUACAGAGAUCCAUGUUCUUCCUGAAUCGAUUGGUAAAUUAUACCACUUGCAAACUCUGAAGUUGCAAGGUUUCCGUCAUCUCAAGAAGCUUCCAAAAGCCAUGAGAAAUUUGAUAAGCCUGCGGUAUUUCAUGUGUGAUGAAGAUAUUCCCACCUAUGUCCUGGGACAGUUGAUUUAUCUUCGAAAAUUGUCUUCCGUCAAAGUGGUUGGAAGGAAGGGACAAGGUAUUGAAGAGCUACGCCAUUUGAAUAACCUUACUGGAAGCCUCUGUAUUUCCAAUUUAGAAAAUGUUAGGAGCAAAGAGGACGCUGUCAAGGCAGAUUUAUCUAGAAAGAAAAACUUAUACAAUAUUGAAUUCAGUUGGAGUGAGGAGUAUCAAGGCUCCAACAGAGUUGACAAGGAUGUAUUGGAAGGCUUGCAACCCCCUAGAGAUGUGAAAAAGUUGACAUUUAGCAAUUUUUCAGGUGAUAAUUUUGCAGAAUGGGUAAUGAAGAUGGCAAUCGAUAUCGAAGGGAAAUGGACGCCCCUUGACAAGCUCGUGUCAAUCAGAUUAUAUGACUGUAGGAGCUGCCUCUCUCUUCCGACACUUGAGCACCUACCACAUCUUCGACAUCUUUGGUUGCAGAAUAUGGACAGCUUGACAUGCUUAAGGAGUUCCGAUGUUACUAGAUCAACGAAGGCGCCUUUGUCUCCUUCCUUGAGAUUGCUCCAACUAUUUUCUAUGAAAAGACUGGAAAAGUGGAUAGAGGGAGCACCCAACAGCUCAAAAAUGGUAUCGCCUGUCCUCGAGAAGUUGUUCAUUAUUAAUUGCCCAAAGAUUAUUCUCUUAGAUGAAUGCCAUCCCCAUCCUCUUGUUUCCUUAAGCAUAUCUGAGUGCACAGGUCUGGAGUACAUUAAGAGCAUACAAGGCCUUACAUCUCUUGAAAAUUUACAUAUCCAGAGCUGCCCUAGUCUUUUAGGAAUACCCAAUUUUCCCAACGAGUGUCAUUCUUUGAAGACUUUGUCUAUUAGCCAUUGCAACAACCUGACUUCCUUGCCUCAUGAAAUGUUUUACUGUUUUGCCUUCUUAAAUAAGUUGGAACUUGGUCCGUUCUCAAACGAGCUCGAUUCUUUCCUAAGUCUCCAAGGCAUUGAGAAGUUAAGGUACCACCUUCGCUCGUUAACAUUGUAUGGUGUGGAUAAGUGGGAGUCGAUACCUGAAGAAAUACAACACCUCACCUCACUGUCUUGGUUACAAAUAGAUGGAUUCGGAAUGCGAGAACUGCCUAUGUGGUUAGCCAGCAUGUCAUCUAUCCGACAGUUGAUGUUCAAUGAAUGCAAGGGGCUAAAUAAAGAAACAGUUAGACGGGGAGCACCACAGGAAGCAACUGUUGUCAGAUUAAAUGCUGAAAAGUGUUGA